UUUGGCUAGAGGCUGGAACUAGCUUCCUCUUGCUAGCUUCCCCUCUUUUCCUCUUUGGGCUUGGUGCAUGUGUAUGUUGGAUAAGCAGAGGGUAGACGUUUCCCCAGAGAAGGUUAGGAGGCCCUGCCCCAAGCUUCCUAACACAGGACUUCAGUUUCUUGCAGAGGAGAAACACGACGGGGAACAGGCCUGGUGCCGGCUUUGGCUCUCUGCCUCUCCACGUGCUCAUGGCCUCCCCCAGCCUGGUGCUAAGCAGUGUCAUGAGUCUGGACCAGGUUGCAGAUUAAUUCUUGGGCAUGGGGGCACUUCAGGGCUUGGAAAAAGGAGGAGUGACAGGUCCAAAGUCACCAACAGAGAGGGGUACCUGCCAUCCUUGCAUAUCCCUCCUCCUGGGAGUCCAUGACAGAGGUGGUCAGGUACCCCAGCUGGAAAAGACAGCCAAGAAGGGGGGCCGGGCAUGCCUGGCCUGUGCCAAGCCUUGGCUUCAACUGCCAGGCUCCAGCUUCCCCGGCCCCUCCUCCCAGCCCCUCCCCCACACCCGCAUACACUUAAUACUCUGACACCCAGUCCGUCAACUGCGGACUUUGGCAUUAGCUGUAGCUGGUGUGGGAGCCUGGGAAGACUGGGAGCAAAGCCUCUCAAACGAAGCGAAAGAAGGAACUGCAGGCACUAUACGACCUGCUAGCUUUCCCCAGAGGAGGUAAGCAGGGCACUGGGCACUGGGUGCUGAGAGGACUAUUCAGGUGUUGCGUGUUUCUUCAGACAUUACCCCCUCUGAGCCUCCACAAUUCCCAGGUGGGCCAUGGUGGGUGCUGGCCCCGAGGGUAGACUAGAAAACAGGUUCAGAGAAGCAGUGAGAUACUCAGAAUCACACAGUAAGUUUGGAGCUUGAAUGCGGGGCUCUUUACCCCAUAUGUGUUUCCAAAACUAAGGCCCAGUUUACAUUGAGAGAAUUUAGAUGUUCCUGGCUUAGCAGGAGAAGUGACCUCGAACCAGAUCCCUCUGCUCCCGUGCAGCCGGCCUGCACGCAGGACCCAGCUAAUCUGAUUUUAGUUAAGUUAGCCACAAGUACAGGGUCUGCCUUCGUCUUCACUUUGCUUAGAUGAGCCAUAGUUUGCUAAUUUCCCACCCAGCAGAUAAUUUCUCCAUAUGCUCAGACCGGACUUCCAGCUCGGGAGGAUAUUCGGGGCAAGGGUUUAAGAACCAGAGUAAACUAGACAAGUUUUCCUGCCCAGCCUCGGCUGCCACCUGCAGGUCACUUGGGCUCUGGCCAUGUGGCUGCCUCUGCUGCUGGGAGUCUUGGUCUGGGCAGCGCUGUGGUUGCUCAGGGACCGGCAGAGCCUGCCCGCCAGCGACGCUUUCAUCUUCAUCACCGGCUGUGACUCAGGCUUCGGGCGGCUUCUGGCACUGAGACUGGACCAGAGAGGCUUCCGAGUCCUGGCCAGCUGCCUGACCCCCUCAGGGGCAGAGGACCUACAGCGUGUGGCCUCCUCUCGCCUCCACACCACCCUGCUUGAUGUCACUGAGCCCCAGAGUGUCCAGCGGGCAGCCAAGUGGGUGGAAACACAUGUUGGGGAAGCAGGGCUUUUUGGCCUGGUGAAUAAUGCUGGUGUGGCUGGUAUCAUCGGGCCCACACCGUGGCUCACACGGGAUGAUUUCCAUCGGGUGCUGAGUGUGAAUACACUGGGUCCCAUCGGGGUCACCCUUGCCCUGCUCCCCCUGCUCCAGCAGGCCCGGGGCCGGGUGGUCAACAUCACCAGUGUUCUGGGUCGCCUAGCAGCCAAUGGUGGGGGCUACUGCGUCUCCAAGUUUGGCCUGGAGGCCUUCUCUGACAGCCUGAGGCGGGAUGUGGCUUCUUUCGGGAUCCGAGUCUCCAUCGUGGAGCCUGGCUUCUUCCGAACCCCUGUGACAAACCUGGAGAGUUUGGAGGACACACUGCAUGAGUGCUGGGCACGGCUACCUCCCAACACACAGGCCCACUACGGGGAGGCUUUCCUCACCAAUUACUUGAAAGUGCAGCGGCGCAUCAUGAACCUGAUCUGUGACCCAGACCUGACCAAGGUGAGCUGGUGCCUGGAGCAUGCCCUGACUGCUCGUCACCCCAGAACCCGCUACAGCCCAGGCUGGGACGCCAAGCUGCUCUGGCUGCCGGCCUCCUACCUGCCAGCCAGCCUGGUGGAUGCCGUGCUUACUUGGGUCCUUCCCAAGCCUGUCCAGGCAGUCUACUGAAUCCAGCCUUCCAGCAGAAGAUUGUGUCUGUCCCCACCUGGGUACUGCCUGGUGUUGGCACAAAAGUAGUACUGAAUAAAUGUGUAUUGUUUAAAAGAAAAAAAAAAGGCACUGUAAGUGGGCAGA